AUGAGUACUCAACUAACUUCUGUAUAUAUUUUCGCUCGCCGAAAAAUGAUUUUUGGAAUUUGUCGUGGUUGUGGUAAUCCAAAUGAUGACUUCAACAAGUGUCAAUCAUGUGAGGAUUGGAUUAACGAAAAAACUCGUGUUUUACAAGCUUUACAAGAUUUAAUCGCGCAAAGAAAAUACAAAAUAAACUUAUCAAAAAGUGAUGAAAAAUCAGAAUGCGCCGAAAUUUUGUCGAGUGGCGAAGGUGGGUCUCCUUCAGUAAAGGAAAUGAGUUCUUUAAACGCUAAAAAUAUUCAAGAACAUCCCGAUUCUGAGCAUUACGCAACACAAGAAAAUAAAGAUCAAAAGCUUCAAGAAUCAAAUUAUCAAAAGUAUAUAACUAAAGAACAACGA